AAAGAAUUGUAUUUGAGCGCAUGCGCAGAGCCCUGUCAGAAUGGGCUAGCUUUUAGCAGUGUAUGAAAUACGUGGCAGAAAUACUUCGACAUGGAGAUAGCUGCUCUGGUUGCUGUGACUUUAUUACUGGGUGCACUGGUUGGUCUGGUGGCAUUAGCGGUGGGGAGACGGAAAGAAGAGAAAAGAGAAGAAAUAGAGCAAACAGUGGAGAGUUCAGUUGAAUCCAGUGCUGCAAAAGGCCCUACGUCUAAGAAACCAAAGCAGGAAAAGCAGCGAAGUCGCAAAGAUAAACCUGCACAGCACAGUUUCAGCGAUCCAUUGUUGGCCUCCUCACUGAAGGGCCACAGCGGGAACGUGACAUGCCUGGAUUUCAGCAGUAACGGGAAGUACUUGGCAUCCUGCGCUGAUGAUCGGACCGUUCGGAUUUGGAGCACCAAAGACUUCCUGGAGCGGGAACACAAGUGUCUGAGAGCCAAUGUGGAGCUGGAUCACGCCACGCUUGUCCGCUUCAGUCCAGACUCCAGGGCGUUUAUCACCUGGCUCGCCAACGGAGACACGAUACGCAUCUUAAAAAUGAUCAAGAAGGAUGACGGAACUUUCAGCUUCAAGGCUGCACCUGAGGAUUUCCCACAGAAACACAAGGCCCCAAUAAUCAAUAUUGGCAUUGCAGAGACGGGCAAGUUCAUCAUGAGUGCCUCCACAGACACGACUAUCCACAUCUGGGACCUGAAAGGAGAGCUGCUGGCCUCCAUCAACACCAACCAGAUGACCAGUUCUUAUGCUGCUGUCUCCCCCUGUGGCAGGUUUGUAGCAUCCUGUGGUUUCACUCCUGACGUGAAGGUUUGGGAGGUUUGCUUUGGGAAGGGAGGAGAGUUCAGAGAGGUCGCUCGAGCGUUUGAUCUGAAAGGCCAUUCUGCAGGAGUUCAUGCUUUUGCUUUUUCUAACAACUCUCACAGGAUGGUCACCGUCUCUAAAGAUGGAACGUGGAAGCUGUGGAACACAGAUGUAGAGUACAAAAAGCAGCAGGAUCCUUACCUCCUGAAGACGGUCCCUUGCUCCUCCUCCGAAGGCAGCAGAGUGGCUUUGUCCCCUGAUGGUCGUGUUGUGGCCAUCAGCAAUGGUUGUAACAUAGCGAUGUACGAUGCUGCCACUGGGAAUCUGGAGAAGGAACUGCACAGUGUCCACAGUGAAAACAUCUCCGACCUCAGGUUUGACAUUAACAGCCGCUUCUUGGUGUGCAGCGGCGACAAGGCUAUCAGAGUGUUUCAUAAUGCGCCAGGCUACCAGGCUGCUAUCAGAGACAUGCAGGACAUGCUGAAAAAAGCCCAGAACGAGGCUAUGAAGCAGAGACUGCAGCAGCAGAUAAAAGAUGCUCAGAGCGCUCUGGACACUGUGCUCACUGCUCGGAUCGAGUGAAAGAAUGCACAAAGAGCCACCAUGUGAUUGUGAUGUGUCAUGUUUUUGUCAACAUCCAGUUUCCCUUUUCUGCUCAUUAAUUUGUGCAGGAAGCAACGGGUUAUGCAUGCAGUUUUAAUAAAGAAUACAUUUUUAUGCAAAGAUGAAA